UUGAUGAGUUGUUAUGAAGACGCAAAAAUUCCGAGUUCUCUUUGAAGCAGAAAACCAAACAGAGACGAGGAGAAAAGAGGGGAAAGGAAGGGAAAAGGAAGGAAAGAGACCCAGAAAACAUGAUACUUGCGGUAUUAUUCGCAAAUGUUGAAGGCAACAUCUUGAUUGAACGGUUUAGUGGAGUUCCAGCUGAGGAACGGCUGCAUUGGAGAUCAUUCUUAGUUAAGCUGGGGGCAGAUAAUCUUAAAGGUGUAAAAAAUGAAGAGCUUCUUGUUGCAUCCCAUAAGUCAGUUUACAUCGUAUACACAGUACUUGGGGAUGUCAGCAUUUUUGUUGUUGGCAAGGAUGAGUAUGAUGAACUUGCCUUGGCAGAAGUCAUUUUUGCUAUCACAUCAGCCGUGAAGGAUGUAUGUGGGAAGCCUCCAACUGAGCGCCUUUUCCUUGACAAGUAUGGGAAGAUAUGCUUAUGCCUAGAUGAAAUUGUUUGGAAGGGAUUGCUGGAGAAUACAGACAAAGAUAGAAUUAGAAGAGUAAUGAGAUUAAAACCUCCUACAGAGUUCUGAGUCCAGAAUCUGCUUGCAGUGACGAGGCAAAUGGAGUUGGAAAGAUAUAUUUUUGUAUAAUAUGGACAUCAUGCUGGAUUUUAUUGUCUCCAUGUGAUCAUCGUUGUUCUUGAUCCAUACUAUACUUUUUUUUUAUGCUCUACAGAAGGCUGUUAGAUCCAAGUAUUGUGUUUUCCUUAUUGGUGACCUUUUAUAUUAUUUGCUGUAUCAAUAUAUUUACUUUGAUGUGAAUGCCAUAAAACUGCUUAAAAAAAUAUUGAAGUGAUUAAGACA